UUUUUGAACGCCCCGAGCUCCUCCCCCGCCCGUUAAAUGGGGCCCGGCGGGACCCGCGGCCACGGGAACGCGGGGAGGGAGCGGCACCGGCACCGGCACCGGGACCGGGAUCGGCACCGGGACCGGGAUCAGCACCGGGAUCAGCACCGGGAUCAGCACCGGCACCGACCGGCACCGUGACCGGCCGGUCCCGGGAUCCGCCCGAAGCUCCCGGAUCCCUCCAGCCCCGGCCCCGCUCCCGGUGAGCUCCGGGACACGAACCGCGCUUGGAAAACCGGGACAGAGCCCGGGACCAGCGGGAAGGAACCGGGAAAGUUCGGGAUGGGACCCGGCAGCACCGGGAGAGGAGCUGGAACGGCCGCGAGCGGCUCCGGGACCACCGGGAGGGGCUCCGGGACCACCGGGAUCCUCCUGCUCCUCCUGGGAGCGGCGGCGGCGGCGGCGACACCGACACCGAGCACAGCGCCCCCCUCGUGCCCCCCGGACCAUCUCUCCUGCGGGGACGGUUCGUGUCUGUCGCGACAUUUCGUCUGCGACGGCGAUCGCGACUGUGGCGACGGGCGGGACGAGGCGGGCUGCGCCCCUGCCCCGCCCUGCGCGCCGCCCGCGUUCCGCUGUCGCGACGGGAGCUGCAUCGCGGCCCUGUGGCGCUGCGACGGCGACCGCGACUGUCGCGACGGGGAGGACGAGGCGGAGGGGCUGUGCGGGCCCCCCCCGCCCCCCCGGCCCUGCCCCCCCCUGCAGUUCUCCUGCGGGUCCGGCGAGUGCCUCGCGCGGCGCUGGCGCUGCGACGGGACCCCCGAUUGUCGCGACAGCUCCGACGAGACGGACUGCGCCCCGCCCCCCCCGUGCCCCCCCGGGCAGCUCCUCUGUCGCGACAGGCGCUGCAUCCCCGCGGCGCGCGCCUGCGACGGGACUCCCGAUUGUCGCGAUGGGGACGACGAGGAGGCGUGUCCCGAUGCCUCGCCCUGCCCGCCCCCGCACCGCUUCCGCUGCCGCUCGGGGGAGUGUAUCGCGAUAGCGCAGGUCUGCGACGGGCGGCGCCACUGUCGCGACUGGUCCGACGAGCCCCUCAAGGAGUGCGGGGUGAACGAGUGCCUGGAGGGGUCCGGGGGCUGCUCCCACGGCUGUCGGGACCUGAGCGUCGGCUACGAAUGCGUCUGCCCGGCGGGGCUGGGGCUGGAGCCCAACAACCGCACCUGUAUGGGCCCCCCCGGGCCGCUGCUCGUGGCCGCGCGCCAUCAGCUGCUGCAGUUGGGCGGCGCCGCCCCGCGGCUCCUGCAGGGGGCGCUGAAACACGCGGGGCCGAUGGACGCCGACAUCCACCGGGGGGCGCUCUUCUGGGGGGACCCCGCCCAGGGCCGCAUCUACACGGCCCCUCUGGCCGGGGGUCCGGCGGUGCCGGUGCCGCUGUCGGUGCCCGGGGGGGCCCCGGCGGGGCUGGCGCUGGACUGGACCCACUCUCUGCUCUACUGGACCGAGCCCGGCCGGGGCCGCGUGGCCGUGGCCGACCCCCGGGACGGGCGGCAGCGCACCGUGCACCGGGACCCCCGGACACGGCCCUGGGCGCUGGUGGUGGACCCCCCGAGCGGGUUCCUGUACUGGUCGGACUGGGGGUCCCGGCCCCAGAUCACUCGGGGGGCUCAGGACGGGGCCCCCCCCGAGGCGCUGGUGACUGAGGGCGUGGAGCGGCCGCAGGGGCUGGCGCUGGACCCGCUCUCCCAGCGCCUGUUCUGGGCGGACGGGCGCCUCCAGACCGUGUCCAGCGUGGGGCUGGACGGCCGCGGCCGCCGGACGCUGCUCAGGGACCCCCCGAGCCUGCGGCAGCCCCUGGGGCUGGCCGUGAUCCAGGACUGGCUGCUCUGGACCGACCCCGCCCGGGGGUCUCUGGUGGCCUCACGGCUCCGGGGGGGCUCCGCGCCCGACCCCCCCCGGCUGCUGGCGCAGGAGCUGCUCAGCCCCGAGGCCGUGCUGGUGCUGCACCCCGACAGACAGCCCCCAGGGCAGAACCGCUGCCUCGGCUCCGGCUGUUCCUUCCUCUGCCUCCCCUCCCCCCCCCGUGGCCUUGGCUCCGCCCCCUUCACCUGCGCCUGCCCGGACGGGGAGCACCUGGCGGGGGAUGGGCGCACCUGCCGGACAGAGCCCAAUGGGACCGCGGAGCCGCAGAGCCGAAACCUCAGCGCUGAGGGGAACACCUCCAGUGCCACCGCAGGUGACCUCGGCCGGCCGGGCGGGGCCGGGGGGGCGGGGCCGCUGAUGACGUCACUGGGGGUCCUGCUGCCCCUCGGUCUGACCGUGGCCGUGGCCGCGGCCGCCCGGACGCUCUGGCGGGGAUGGCGCCGGCGCAGCUCCCACAGCAUCAGCUUCAGCAACGCCGCCUUCCGGAAGGUUCCGGACCCGCCGGGCGGGGCGGGGCCCGGGGACAGCCAGUGGCCGCUGACGGCAGAGGAGGAUGAGCCCUGAGGGGCUGGAGGAGCCGAGACCCACCUGGGCACACCUGGGCACACCUGGGCACACCUGGAUGAGCCUGGGAACGCCCACCUAUGGCAGCGGACCCACCUGGGCACACCUGGGCACACCUGGACGCAGCUGUAGGAACACCUGGACACACCUUGGCACAGCUGGAUGAGCCUGGGCACACCUGGAUGCAGCUGUAGGAACACCUGGGCACACCUGGGCACAGCUGAGCGCACCCAGAUGUGGCUGCAGACACACCUGGGCACACCUGGGCACAGCUGGAUGAGCCUGGGCACACCUGGAUGCAGCUGUAGGAACACCUGGACACAGCUGGGCACACCUGGGCACACCCGUCCCUGCUGCCCUCCCGUGCCCUCCCCUGUUCUCACCUGCCCAGGUGUCCCCACCGUCACCUCAGGGAAUUUUUGGGAAUUCAAAAACAAAAACAUUUUUAACCAAAAUUCUGUGAAUUUGGCCCAGCCUGGGCCCCCGUGACGUCAAUAAAUGUUUAUUUAUUAA